AUGGCUGAUAGUGUUCACGACGAGGAGGUCCUUGCCGACGCGCCUGCCAACCCCACCCCGGAGGUGGAGAUGGCCGGAGACGGCGAGGGAGAGGAGGAGCCCUCUGGUCGCGCCGCUCUGCCAUUCGCCGAAGCCGAGGUUGAGGAGGGCGAGACUCCCCGCCCGAGCUUCACCAGCUUCCUGACCAGCCCCAUCGUCACCCUGCUGGUUGGAAACAGCGGCCAGGAGACCGUUAUCACCGCUCAUCAAGCCCUGUUGACUCAGAGCCCUUACUUCCGCGAGGCAUGCGCCGAGUUCACCGACGACGGCAGCCCGCGGCAGAUUGACCUGGCGGACCACGACAUCGACGCCAUGGGCUGCUUCCUCGAGUUCCUCUACACCGGCGACUACUUCCCCAAGAAGAUCCCCGGCCAGCGCCAGCUCGAGACCGACCCCUCCCUCCCCAAAGUCGACGAGACCGGCGACCAGCUCCUCAAGCAUGCCCGCGUGUACACCCUGGCAGAGAAGUUCCAAAUGCCGCAGUUAAAGCAGCUGUCCUCUUCCAAGAUUCACUGUGUCAACUCGACGGCAAAGGGCGAGAUUGCUUAUGCCCGCUAUGUCUACGCCCACACCCCCAAGGAGGACAACUCGAUCCGCGCCCCUGUGGCCAAGUUCUGGGCCAUGCGCAGCCACACCCUGCGCGCCGAGGCCGAGGAGGAGUUCCGAGCUCUGUGCCUGGAGCACCCCCAGUUCGGUUACGACGUUCUCACCCUCGUUCUGGACGAGAAGCUCAAGCGCGAGCGCAACGACAAGCUGGCCCCGGCCGUGGGCAGCGCCCGCAAGCGGGCACGCCACAGCAGCAACGCCUGA